ACCACUUCAUUCAGCAGAGACUCUUCGAAACUGGUCUUGUUUACAACAAUCAAACUCCCGGACAGUAAACGGAGUAGGGGAAUGAGUUUGAGGCGCACAUUUGUCAACUAACAUUGUCGAUAGUUUGGUAGAGACUGACGAAUUACUAAGGAAACAAAACUGACGACGGGACAGCUUGAAGAUGGAGGUUUCGGAGCAAGAAGCAGGAGGUGAUUUACGCAAUGAAAUACCAGAGCAUGAACAAGCCCUUCUAAACGGCGACCACCACCACAACGGUGACGACGUCGACGGUCAUCACAACGUCAAUGACGAGCGGCCCGUAACGGUGGGUGAGCAGGUCAGGCAGGAAAGCGACUCGGCUGGCGGAGCCCCGGUCCUUGCCACCGCCCAUCUGACCAUGGACCAGUCGAAGGACUUCGGCGGGGGCGGCGACGAGUCGGGGGUCGGGUCCGUCACGGACAGCUCCUCCGUGGCCAGCAAGAGGAAUAAGAUGGGCAAAGAUGAUGAUUCAGACCACAGCGACAGCGGAUGGGAUACAGAUUUAGAAAUUGAUGAAAAAGACAAGAUAGAGGAGUAUGACCCGACGGGUCGGAAGACCUACAAGCAGGCAUGCCUGGACAUCGGUGUCGUACCAGCUUCGCAUUUCUUACGUCACAUGACGACGAGCAGGGUGUCUAUGAAGCACCAUGGGCUUGGUCCACACGGCGCAAAGGCCAUCGCAGUAGCCCUUGUGGCUAACACGACAGUAUUAACCUUGGACUUGGAGGAUAAUUGGGUAGAGGGAGAUGGUGGCGUGUACAUUGCCGAUAUGCUCAAAGAAAAUUGCUACAUAAAUGACCUUAAUCUUGCCGAGAAUAAAAUAGGAUCAAGAGGAGCCAAAGCGAUGGGAGAGAUGUUGCUAGACAACACAAACCUGAGACGGGUUAACCUAUCUGGUAACGAAUUUAAAGACAAAGAUGCAAAUGAAUUCACAGAAUCAUUUAAGUCUAACUACAGAAUAAAAGAGCUCAUCCUGAGUCACAAUGAGUUUGGAGAGGUGGGAGGAGAGAUCUUAGGGCAUGGCAUAGGUGCAACGGAAUCAAUAGAGCAUUUAAAUCUCAGCUGGAAUCACUUAAGAAGAAAAGGGGCAAUAGCCAUCUGCAGAGGCUUGGCGGAAAACUUGAGCAUCAAGCGUCUGAACCUCUCCUGGAACGGCUUCGGCAAUGAAGGUGCAUUGGCUAUGGCAGAGGCACUCAAGUUCAACAGCACGCUGCAAUGGCUCGACAUGAGUAACAACAGGGUCACCAAUGAGGGCGCUUUCAUGCUGGCCAAGGGUGUAGAAAUCAAUGACAGCAUCAAGGUCUUGAAGCUUGGUCAAAACCCUAUCACCGCAGCAGGAGCCAUGGCAAUACUAAUUGCAAUCAAGAACAAUUCAAACACUGUACUAGAGCUACUAGACCUUGCAGAUAUCACCGUGAACAAAGACUGCGUGAAGCUGUUGACGGAGCUGAAGGAGGUUCGUCCAGAGUUCCUGGUCGCCUACCAGUCUUCCGUCGGCCAGUUUGAGAAGCCUCCCGAGAAGGAGCCUGACCCAGUGAAAAUGCUCAGGGAAUUCAUCUCGGCCAACAACCUGAGGGUGUGGGACCUCUUCAAGACCUACGACAAGGACAAGAGCUUGACGGUCACCCGGGAGGAAUUCAAGAAAGGGCUGGUGAGCUCUGGCCUGCAGAUGAAGCCACAUCUCUUGAACAGACUGGUAGAAACGUUGGACAAGGAUGGAGAUGGAGAGAUCGAUUAUGGAGAGCUUAAGAUUGGUCACAACGAGAUGAUACAAGCCGAACGCGAUGAGCGCAAGCGACAGAUGGAACGGGUGCAGAAGAACAGGAGCAACCCGCUCUACAAACCCGUCGCUGAACAGUUCCAGGACCUGAAACCCAAGCAGGUCCGGGACUCGCUGUCACCGGAUCGGCUCCAGAAGCUGCGCUCCACCAUCAAACCCGACACAACUCAGUGGACCUCGCGGGGGAGGAAGGCGGAUACUGUCAGCGCAGGGAUAAGGUCUUUGGAUGCCACGGUGAACUUCACCAGUGAACUUGAAGAGAAGUACAUGAAUGAGGAACAGUGGUUGAGUAAGACCUUGGGGCCGGCAUCUAGGACCCCUAGCCCUGGUGGGCUCAGCACGAGAGCCCCUGGUUCCAGGGCCAAGAGUCCUAGGUCCAAAACCCCAAUGAAGUCACCAAGGACUAAUAACCUGAACACAACAUUGUGAGGAAGCCCAGAUGAACAAAUUUGAAAGGAAACUCUGGUCUCUUGAAAAGCAAGAAUAAAUCGAAUUUCAUGAUUCUAAGCAAUAACGAUGAUGAAAUAUGCAUGAUAAAGUGCCAUUGAUUGGUUCAUAUGUUGUAUUGGUAUAUUAUGUGUCGUACAUCCUUCCAAGACCUUGUGUGCAAAAAAACUUAAGGAUUGCCAGGUAACAUUCUUGCAAGAAAGUUGCGUUGCAAUCAACUGCCAAUCAGUUGCAAAUUUGCGCAUCCUCCAAAUUUAUUGCAAAAUUGUGCGUGAUCUGCAAUUAAUUGCAAGAUUUGCGCUAGAUAUUUGCAGCACAACUCUUUCUUGCAACAUGAUUUUGUUGCAAAUUUGCAAUUAAACGCCAGAGUUGCACUUGAUUUUGGGAAUUGCGUUUAAACGCAACUUUCUUGCAACGCCCCAUUAGUCAUGGAAGCCUCAGAGAUGUUAUUGGGCAAAUUCAAGCUAUUUGUUCCAAAUGUUACCAAACAUAUCUAAGAAUGCAGUUUAUCUGAUGAUUGUAUUUGGUUAAUGUCACUACUAAAGCUUCUAUCAAUAACAAAUGCUAAAUUUCUAUGACAAAUUUGCUCUCAGCCAAUCAAAUGUCUUGAUAUCAGUAGCCGCAAUUACAGUUAUUGGAACUUGUUAUUGAUAAAACGUUUUAUGAAACAGGGCCUUGAUGUCAAUUUAUAUUCAGAACCCAAAAUUACUUUGUAAUGUAUGGAUAACAAAUGGCCAAAUAAAUGUAACUUGGACUAGCCCUAUCAGUGAUUUAAGGCCACUAUACAUGUAGAUGUGUCUAUUUUAACCCCUUCAUGGCAACCAUAUUUUGGACAACAGUCAUAAAUGAACUUCCAAAAGUGAAAUUUUUAUGCAGAAUACUUUGUUUCAUGAAUUAGGCAUAAAAUAUCUGUCAUGGACAUAAAUUGCACUUUUUUGUCCAAACACAUUGUUCAACUUAGUUAAUUAUGUCAUCAAAGGGUUUCAAAUAAGAAUUCAAUUCCUUUGUGUCUGCCUUGAAAUUGACCUCUCUUAUUUUGAGCAAGUCCAAGGUGUUUUGUCCACUAACCAAUUUCACUUGUUGAAGUGUGAAUCACAGUGAAAGAAAUUUGACUACAGAAAAGGCCUCAUUACAAAUACACCCCCCUCUCACUCUCUCUGUCUUUUCCCAGCAACAUUCCCUAUGUUUUUUGAUAGAGUAUUAUUGUGCCUCAUCUGAUACCUCAUUUCGGAAUCAAUUCUCAGGACAUUCAGCUACUCCCUC